AUGUCGAAGGUUGACGGAGCCGAAUUCGGCGAAUUUGCUUUUUGGGGAGUAGAGCCAGAAGGCGGUUCUAUGAACGAAAUGCAAGUCGCAAACAGCCAGAUCGUCGUGGGGGAUAGGAAUAAGGCGGCUCCGUGGUACUCCAUCGAGGCUCAAAUCUCCCCUGAGGCGCGCAAGAUGCUCGAGGAGUAUGCCGGCAUCCCGCCAGACGAGGUCAGAGAUCACGUCGUCGCCAUGCGCGACAAGAUCUGGGAAGUCUUCCCCUACCCCUGCAUCGGCGAAUUCCACUUCCUCGACUUCAACCUCUCCCACCGCCCAGGCUACCCGCAACUCCUCGCCCGCCUGCAGGACAACCCGGACGCACGCCACCUCGACAUCGCCUGCUGCGUGGGCCAGGACCUCCGGCGCCUCGUCUACGACGGCAUCGACUCAUCAAAGAUCGUGGCCAUCGAGCUGGAGCAGGGCUACAUCGACGCCGGAUACGAGCUCUUCCGUGACCGGGCCAGCCUCAAAACACGCUUCGUCAACGCGGACAUGUUAGACGACGGGGACGCGCGAUUAGACGCCAUAGAGGGCACCUUCGAUACCGCUCACCUGGGUCUAUGUCUACAUCUGUGGACGAGGGAGAACCAGAUGGUUGUGCUGAGACGGGUGAUUCGGUUGUUGAAGAAGGAGCCUGGGGUGAUGAUUGUGGGACAUGCUGCUGGUCAUGCUGAUGGGAUUGAGUUGGCGGGGAUUCAUAAUAAGCCUGCGUUGAGGCAUAACUUGAAGACUUGGGAGAAGAUGUGGGCCGAGUUGUCGGAGCAGACUGGGAGUAAGUGGAAGCUUAGGACGGUGGUGUCUGAGCAGAUUGGGUCUCGAGGUGUUGUGAGGCCUAGCUGGUGGGGGACCGACAUGAGAUUUGUCGGCUUCGAGCUCACUAGGGAGUAG